GCAGUCGGCCGGCGGCGCGGCCCAGGCAGGCCUGCUCCGGGCGUGCGUCGUCUCUGCGGGCGGCGGGGGAAUUCUGGGUAACGACCGUGGCCGGCGGGGCGGCUGGCUCCGCCCAGCGGGUUCUACUCACGCCCGGGCAGUUGGCGGUGGCGGUUGUCCGGCCCGGACCAGCGGGACAUGGAGCAGCCGUGGCCGCCGCCGGGCCCCUGGAGCUUCCCGAGGACUGGCGGGGAGGCCGCGGAGGAGAGCGACCUGGACGUGUCCCCCUCUUCUUCCCACUACCCGCCGGUGCCUGGCGGCGGCGCCCAGAUGUAUAGCGAUGGGAUUGAGCUGGCUUGCCAAAAGCAGAAAGAAUUUGUGAAGAGCUCUGUGGCGUGCAAAUGGAAUCUUGCUGAAGCCCAGCAGAAACUUGGCAGCUUAGCCCUGCAUAACUCUGAGUCCUUGGAUCAGGAACAUGCCAAAGCCCAGACCGCUGUGUCAGAACUGAGGCAGCGGGAGGAAGAAUGGCGACAGAAAGAGGAGGCUCUUGUCCAAACAGAGAGGAUGUGUCUCUGGAACAUGGAUGCCAUUAGCAAGGAUGUUUUUAAUAAGAGUUUUAUUAAUCAAGAUAAAAGAAAAACAGAAGAUGAAGAUAAAUCACAAUCAUUUAUGCAGAAAUAUGAGCAAAAAAUCCGACAUUUUGGUAUGUUGAGUCGGUGGGAUGAUAGUCAGAGGUUUCUGUCUGACCACCCAUACCUUGUAUGCGAAGAGACUGCUAAAUAUCUUAUUUUAUGGUGUUUUCAUCUAGAAGCUGAGCAGAAAGGCGCUCUAAUGGAACAAGUAGCACAUCAAGCGGUGGUGAUGCAGUUUAUUAUGGAAAUGGCCAAAAACUGUCAUGUGGAUCCAAGAGGCUGUUUCCGUCUGUUUUUCCAGAAAGCCAAAGCAGAGGAAGAAGGUUAUUUUGAAGCAUUCAAAAAUGAACUUGAAGCUUUCAAGUCAAGAGUAAGGCUUUAUGCUCAAUCACAAAGCUUUCAGCCUAUGACGGUUCAGAAUCAUGUUCCCCAUUCUGGUGUUGGAUGCAUAGGCUCCUUAGAACCCUUAUCACAGAAUCCAGAUUAUCUUCAGUAUUCUAUCAAUACACCUCUCUGCAGUUUAAACUCAGUGGUACAUAAAGAAGAUGACGACAAAAUGAUGGACACUGUGUAAUUCAGUUAAGACUGCUGAGGCCAAGGACUAUUUUGUUACAAGAAAGGAAGAGCUUGGCUAUUUUCUUGACACUUUUAUGGGUGCUGCACUUUAUUUUUGUUCGGUUUUUGAUGGGAGGGAAAAGAGUACUGAAAUGUUUUGCAACUUUUUUUUUUUUUUUUUUUAAUGUGCUGCUAGGGUUUUUUGUUGUUUUGUUUCUGAAGGGAGGGACGGUACCAUACAUUGCAGGACGUCAAACUGGACUCUCCUUACCCCUCAGUUACUAAAUUUGCCUUUAACUGUUGUUAAUUUUGGAAUCAAAGUAUGAAAAUCUGCACAAUGCAAUGUUUACAAGACUGAGGAGAAAUCUGCUAGCGAGUCUUUUUAACGUGGAUAUGUACAUGUCUGACUUGACGGAAAGAAUUAAAGAUAAAAGUGUGCUUGUCCCACUGCUGUCAAAGUUCAGCUGUCAAAUCUGGUGUUUGUCACAUUAAAAGCAAUAAAUCAGUAGUGGUAACCUACUUUACUAAUGUGUAAA